AGUCGAUCCCCGUCUUGAAUUCCGUUUCGCGGCGGAGCGCAAGGGCAAACUCGUCCGCGGUCGCGAUCAGCUGCGGUUUGCGUUUGGGCGAGCAAACCACCCACAUGUCGGAGCUCACUAUCACAGACGUCACGUCUUCGCCCGAAAAACGUCUUUGCCUGAGCUAUGAGUGCUGCGGAGACAAGCCCCGAUAGCAAGAAUGAAAAAGAGACCACACCUGAGCCAGGCUGUAAACUGCACUGUGAUGAAGCCGUGGAGCAACGACUGAUGUCGCAAAUUGAUACUAAUUCCGAAUGUGCUUCAGAAGUCGAACUCAAGAAGGAUAACACUUCUAAUCAAAACUCCAAAAAAGUGCUUGUGAUGAUCACCAUCACUUUCCUUUUCUUCUUCGUCGAACUGACUGUGGGAUUUCUGAAUCGUUCCAUCGCGCUCUUGGCCGAUUCUUACCACAUGCUAUCGGAUGUAAUGGCUUUGAUCAUCGCAUUCGUAUGCCUGAGGAUAUCGAGACGAAAGUCUAAGCGGAACGGUUUUGGCUGGGUUCGAGCAGAGGUGCUUGGGGCUCUUGUGAAUGGCGUAUUUCUUCUUGCAAUGUGUUUCACAAUCUCACUGGAGUCUAUCGGGAGGUUAAUCCAUCCAAGGCGAAUCUCUCACCCGUUGCAGGUGCUGGUUGUGGGAUGUAUUGGUCUAUUAAUCAAUGUGAUCGGAAUUGGUCUGUUUCAUGGUGGUCAUGGACACUCUCAUGGUGGCACCGUUGGUCAUGGGCACAGCCACGGAGAGAAAUCACCCACAAGAAGUACCCAAGAAGUCCAUGCUGAGAAGAGCUCAAGGACAAAUAACAACAACCAUGAUGAUGGAGAUAUCGAUUCCGACUCUGAUGGAGCAAUUGUGGAUAGACCAGGACGUUCUCGAAGUCGGAUUGGUCAAGACUGUUCUCAUAAUCUGUCUCUUCUCGUUGGUAGUGGAUCGAAACAACAUCUGGCUUUGAAACUUGUAAAUCUUGAUGAAAAUGCUGAAAUUGAAGAGUUCACCGAUAGCGAAGCGGCUAAGCGAAAACAGAAACAAGCAGACGCUGAAAAUCUUAAUAUGCGAGGCGUAUUCUUACAUAUCAUGUCGGAUGCCAUAGGAUCGGUAUUUGUCAUUAUCACUGCCUCGCUGGCUCUGUUUUUUCCAAAUGCCCUGGGACGUGUGAAUGAUUAUCUUGACCCAGCUUUGAGCUUGACAUUAGUCACCCUAAUUUGUUUCUCCGCCUACGCUCUAGUCAGGGAGACCGCCAGCAUCAUUUUACGACGUCCUCCAGCCUUCCUUGACGUCGAUGAUGUGAAUGCUGAUGUUGUGAAGAUUAGAGGCGUUGCAGCAGUGCGCAGUACAUGCGCGUGGACGCUUGUGGGCAAUCGUCAUUUGGCCACCGCUGAGCUAAUGGAUGAUGAUGCCAGCUAUUCGUGUUCCACUACCGUUGGUGCGACGAUAGAGAUCGACGAUGAUGUAGUUCAGGGAUUCAUCGCUAAGGAAGUAGGAAGCAAAAAGCGCGGACCUUGGAUACGACCUCCCUUGCGAUUAGAGGAUAUACGAUUGCGCUGCCCUGACUCCCUAAGAAUUCGAGACAUCCGAGAUGAAGUAUUGACGCUUCUGUGCUCACAUCUCAAUCUUCCUUCCUAUGGAUCCUUAAGAAAUUGGGAUUCAGUUGGCAUACAAUUAGGAAUGAAUGAUUCUGAGAUAGUCUCACUUCGACAUGAUCCUCGACCCAUGGAAGCGGUGUUGAAAAGAUGUCGAGAUCGCCCUGCAAAAGACCUUGUUAAAGCACUACAGAUUUGUAAACGAAUCGAUUUGCUCUACUCUUUGCGCAAGUACCAGCGACAGGGAAAGCUAGAAAAGCCUAUUGAAGAAAUUCUUGGAGCGCACUCUGUGUCAACUUCAUUCGUUUCGUCAUCAAACAUUAGCGAAAAUUCAUACUCAAAAGGAGGAAAAUUUAUAAUGUUAGUACACUAUGAAGCUAGUCCAGAGGAAACUAGGAAUUACAAAUGGCUGAAGAAAAACCUCAAACAGUAUGCUACUCAGCGAGGUUUUGCUAUUGUGGAUAUUGCAGAACUGGAUGUUGAUGCAAAUCUGACGAUAUCAGUAGAAGACGCUUUCGUAAAGGCUCACCAAAUUGUGGUCACUUUCACGCCGUCUCAUAUCGAAGCUGUAAAAUCAAGAAGUAGUCAGUGUAGAACGAUCAUAUACACGCACGAUCUUAUGAAUCAGGAAUUCUUCACAUGUAACAGUAUCAACAAACGCUUUCGAGCAGUAAUUUUUGAUGACAUCCAACUUAGUGAACUUCCGCGUUGUGCACCAAAAUCUUCAAGGAAAGUGAUCUCGACAAUACUUCCACAUUGUAAUGGUCCACAAAUGCUCUAUUCGUUCAUUGGUUCGUAUCAUCAUGCUGUUUAG